AUGAGCGCCAUCCACUGUUUCUUCUGCGGCGGCAAGGAAUGCAAAUACGAGAACUGGAGACAGUGGACAUCGGAUCCACGGCAUCCGAAUGCCAUCGACGGCCUGUUCUCCAACUGGAUAUCGCCAAACAUCUUGGCGAUGCAGCGACCAAGCACAAGACUGAUGAAGGAAUACAACCUCAUCGAAACCUUCAAGUCCCUUGGCAUCAUGAGCAUCUUCAAUCUGCAGGAGAAUGGAGAGCAUGCCUCGUGCGGUGAUGGCAACGAACAAGCGAGCGGCUUUAGCUACCUCCCCGAAGCCUGGAUGAACGCCGGUGUCUCGUACUACAACUUUGGAUGGAAGGACAUGGACACUCCGGACUUUGAAUCAAUGUUGAGCAUCGUCCAGGUCAUGUCGCAUGCCCUCGAAGACGACAAAAAGGCCCCUCGCUCAAUUCCCAGAUAUCGGUUCAUUGCCACGCAGGAUUGGGCCAUUGUUCUCGUGAGAUCCAACCGGCCACUUUCCAUCCAGACCAAGAAGCAGCAGAGCUUUGUACAUCAGUUCAGCGACUUUCUGAACCCGCUGCGGAUGGUGUUCCCAGGCAUCUGCCAGAAGAUCGGCCCUCACAGCCAUGAAGUCCUGAGAGCAGCUUCCAGGCCAGUAUCCGUGUCGGCGUCAUCAUCAUCGUCAUCGGCGGCCAUUCCAAGUCCUGGUCCGGGACAGAGCCCCAAUUUCAGCACGGACCGGAGUUCCACAACAAUCAAGAGUCCGGAGAGUGCUGCUCCAAGUCGGAUCAUCAAGACGCUGUCCCUGAAAGAUAUUCUGGCCAACCAACAGCGCGUGCUGCGGGGCAAUGAGCAGAGGAAUCUCAAACACAUACCCAAGAUUGCCUACAAGAUCAUCAACCGCAUACGCACCUUGCGCUGCAUCUACUGCCAAACCGCCGAUGCACCAUCGAGUGUGGGUGAGGACAACCGUGCCUCGGUCGAGUGGUUCUCGUCCCUCGUGUUCAACUCGUUUGUGCAGUUUGGAGGCAUGUCCGAGCUCUCUGAAAAGAUGGCGUUUGUUCAGGCCAGAAUCAAUACCGACGACUGGGAAGUCAUUGACAAUGAGGACAAUCCCGGUUUCCUUGUCGAGCUGCUCUUGUAUUGGCUUACGUCACUCAAGGAGCCUGUGAUAUCCAACAAGCAGGUCAAGCUCUUGGACACGCCUCGACUGGAUCCAAAGAGCUUCACCAAGAAUCUCUCCAGGUCCAAGCUCUCGUCGAUCAAUUAUCUGCUGGAGCUCGUGCGCCUGCUCCCAGAACUCUCCUCGGAGCAGGUGCACAGGAUGCUUGAUCAGUACUCGGUGCUGCUGACCUCGGCUCGGAGCAGUAUUUGUUUUCCGUUUGCGCCAAAGCUCGUUUGCCUCGAGAGCUUCAAUCCCCCGCCGCCGUCCCUGCCCGCAGCGCAAGGUCUCGCCGAGAGUGCCGGAUCCCAGACACCGCCGCUCAAGACGCCGGCGCUGGUCAAGAUCGGAGUCAUGGGGUUGAACCUGAUUCAGGCGCAGCUGUUUACGACCAAGACCACGGCCGAGGAAAAGUCGCAUCUGUGGACAACGUCGUCCAGUCUGGAACGAAACUCGAGCGUUAUUCUCAGUUGCUCGACAAUCAAUCUGUCUCAGUUCCUGAGCUACUGCGCAACAGCAUUCGCCUUUGUCGAGGAGACCAAGCUCGCCAUUUCGGACUCGUUCAAAAGCGCGGCACAGCCCAAAGCAGUUGAGGAACUAGCAGCGAUCCUCGACCAGAUCAAGGACCACGAGUGUGCAGAUGGUCCAGCGGAGCAAGCGUCGCUGGACCCAAGUCGCUUCAAAGCCGAUCUGGUCCUUCCUCCGACGGCACACAUUGAACGAGAGCUCACCAAGGAGCUGCCAAGAUCUCCGGUCUCGCCAAUGUCACCCAUAUCACCGACGUCGCCCAAGAACGGAUAUUCAAACGCGGGCUUGGCGGGGAUCGAUUCGCUUCCCUCUCCAACCGAGAGCCCGAUGCUCUCGCCCACCUAUCGAAGCACCGAGGUCAUGCAGUACAUCUUGGCGCUGGCAAAGGCGGGCCAUCUCGAGCCGGACAUGUGCCUCAAGGCUCAGAUCCUAUGCGAGGACGCAGACGCAGAGUUCCUCGGGGUCUAUCAGAAGAUGAGGAUAUCCGAUUCGGAGCAGCGCGGCCGCGAUCAGUUUGUGCGGGAUCUCAAAGACAUGCUGCUCAAGGUCAAGACGCUGGCGUGA